AUGGUGCACUGGGGAGCCCUGAGCCUUUCCGAUGGUCACCCUGUCCCCAGAGGCCCCUUUCCCGAGGGCACACCCAGUCCACACUCACAGCCAUGCCGUCCAAAGGGCCCGCUGCAGUCGGUGCUGGUCUUUGGACGCAAGAAGACAGCCACAGCUGUGGCGCACUGCAAACACGGCAAUGGUCUCAUCAAGCUGCUGGAGCCAGUUCUGCUUCUCGGCAAGGAGCGAUUUGCUAGUGUGGACAUCCAUGUCCGUGUGAAGGGUGGUGGUCUCGUGGCCCAGAUUUAUGCUAUCCAUCAGUCCAUCUCCGAAGCCCUGGCGGCCUAUUACCAGAAAUAUGUGGAUGAGGCUUCCAAGAAGGAGAUCAAAGACAUCCUCAUCCAGUACGACCGGACCCUGCUGGUAGCUGAUCCUCGUUGCUGCGAGUCUAAAAAGUUUGGAGGUCCUGGUGCCCGUGCUCGCUACCAGAAAUCCUACCGACAAGCCCAUCAUGACUAUCAAGAUUCACCUGGUGGGGUGAGAAAUCUCACUUUCGAAGGGCUUGCAGGGCGGAAGAGAGUUGGCGCCUUGCGGACACCCCGGCCGCGCUUCAAGGUUCACACGCCGCGUGGCAUCUCGGACACAGCCCGGUUCCGAGGCGAUCGGCGGUCGAGACUGGGGCCUCGAGCCGAGAAGGGAAGAACAAAGGGGCCGCGUUAG